UCCCACGUCAUCAUACAAACUAAUUCCACGCGCCAGCCAACGAGGAAGUACCUGCAUACAGUCGCGAGUUGUUUAUUUACAAGAGAGACAGACAGACAAUGUUGACAAAUUGUUAGCGGUCAACCUGCAUUUCUCGCCGCAUUUGAGUGUUUUCUUUCGGUGCAUAUGCAGACGUAGGAGUUACAUUUGUUGCCGCUAGCCGGCUAACAGCAUCAGCUAACGUUAGCUGGCUAAUAGUUAGCGAGCAGUAUUUACUUGCCAAAAAUUUCACUUGGCAACCUUUGCAAUCAUUUUAGUUAGCCUAAAGGCUAUAUGAAAAGGCUAUAUGAAUUGGCUUUAUUAGCAGUUGCUCUGAUGAUGCUUGGAACGAAAUGACUAGUGAGAUUAGCCAGCCAGCUGUAGCUAACUAUCAAACCGCUGCAAUGGAACUUAUGCUUACGUGCGCGUCCUCCAAAACGCCUUCCAAUAUAAUGAGGGAAUAGGUGAUGAUGCAGCAUGACCAAAGACCCUAUGCACCAUGGCACAGACUGAAAUUAAUUGGGACCAACAGAUACCUUUACCAAAGCUUUCCCCAUUCCAUGCCAAGAUUGCUGUGGCACUAGUGGCACUGCUCUGCUUCAUCAAUAGCUAUGACGGAGACUUUGUGUUCGAUGAUUCCGAAGCCAUUGUCAAUAACAAGGACCUGAUCCCAUCCACGCCUCUCAACAACAUCUGGAGAAAUGACUUCUGGGGAAGUAAACUGAGCAGCAACAACAGCCACAAGUCCUACAGGCCGCUCACUGUCCUCACUUUUAGGCUCAACUACCUCAUGGCUGGUGGGCUGCACCCAGUAGGCUUCCAUGUGCUGAACAUCGGCCUGCACAGUCUCAUAUCAGCGCUGAUGAUCGACAUGUUCUCCGUACUGAUCGGUGGCUUGGCAUACGAUGGGAAUGGGAACAGGCUCAACCACGCACCCAAAGCUUCUCUCCUGGCUGGUCUUCUCUUUGCAGCGCACCCCGUUCACACCGAAAGCGUGGCAGGGAUUGUAGGCCGGGCAGACCUACUGUGUGCACUGUUCUUCCAGCUCUCCUUUCUGACCUACUGCAAAGCCUUCAGAGGAGGUAGGGAGAGCGAGGAGAAUUUUUCCAUCCAUUGGAUUGCCGUGAGCCUCUUGCUGUGCGCUGCGGCCAUGCUCUGCAAAGAACAAGGCAUCACAGUCCUGGGGGUGAACGCUGCCUUUGAUGUCCUUCUGAUCUGUAAUGUAAAUGUGUACGAGCUGAGCCAGAGGCUGUUCCUCAGGAGGAAAGCAGAAGACGUAAGUGAGCGGGUGCGGACGGGCCUCCUGAUCCGAUUGGCUCUGCUGGCCAUGGGCGGAGCCUCCCUGCUGUACGCCCGCUGGAGAAUCAUGGGAACUGGGCCCCCCGCCUUCACUGAAGUAGACAACCCGGCAUCCUUUGCAGAAAAUGUCUUUCUCAGAAUAGUCAACUAUAAUUACUACUACUCACUGAAUGCCUGGGUGCUGCUGUGUCCCUGGUGGCUGUGUUUUGAUUGGUCCAUGGGCUGUGUGCCCCUCAUUAAGUCAGCGUUUGAUUGGAGGACGGCCUGGCUGCUGCUGCUCUGGUGCUUCCUGAUAGGCUUGAUAAGCCAAGCCUUAUGCUCACAGGACGGCCAGAGGAGGAGGACGUUGACCCUGGGUCUGGUGCUGCUGGUAGUCCCCUUCCUGCCUGCCUGCAACAUAUUCUUCAGGGUUGGCUUCGUCAUUGCAGAGAGGGUCCUCUACCUCUCCUCCGCUGGCUACUGUCUGCUACUGGCCUACGCCCUGGGACACUGCUGUGGUCGCUGGAGCAGACACAAGGGGCUGCUCCGUGCCUCCCUGCUGGCCCUGCUAUGUGUGUAUGUGGCUCGCAGUGCCCUGCGCAGUCACCAGUGGCGCUCCGAGCAGAGCCUCUUCACCAGCGCCCUGUCAGUCUGUCCCCUCAAUGCCAAGGUGGUGUCUGUCUGUCUGAUGUGUCUAUCUCUCUUGCUGGCUUGUCUGUCUGUCAGGAUUACUGGUGCAUCGAUUGGUGUGUCUGUCUGUCUGCCUCUUUGUCAGACCAUAUUGGGACCCACGCAAGCUGUCGUGAAAAUUAUUCCCAAACUAUUCAAAAUAAGUUUUAUUUUUAUUUUAUUUUUAAUUUCUUUCGUUUUCACUUUUGCUGCCUCUUUCCCUCUCCAGGUGCAUUAUAAUGUGGGUAAGAACCUAGCAGACAGAGGGAACACCAGUGCUGCCAUCAGGUACUACAGAGAGGCAGUCAGGUUGCACCCUACGUAUGUCCACGCUAUGAACAACCUGGGCAACAUCCUGAAAGAGAGGAACGAAUUGGUGGAGGCAGAGGAGCUUCUGGCAAAAGCUGUACUCAUACAGCCGGACUUUGCAGCAGCGUGGAUGAAUCUGGGAAUAGUGCAAAACAGUCUGAAGAAGUAUAAGGAAGCAGAGCAGAGCUACUGGAACGCCAUCCAAUUCCGGAAGAAAUACCCUGACUGUUACUACAAUCUGGGACGCCUGUAUGCAGACCUGAACAGACACCUAGAUGCUCUGAAUGCGUGGAGGAACGCUACAGUGCUGAAGCCUGACCACAGCCUGGCAUGGAACAACAUGGUCAUACUACUGGACAACACUGGCAACCUAGCCCAGGCGGAGGCAAUUGGCCGGGAGGCCCUAAAGCUCCUCCCUAACGACCACACCAUCAUGUUCUCAUUGGCCAACGUCCUGGGCAAACUACAGAAGUAUAAGGAGUCCGAAGGCUUCUUCCUCCAGGCUCUGAGGAUCAACCCAAAUGCUGCCAGUUGCCAUGGCAAUCUGGCGGUGCUGUACCAUCGCUGGGGGAAGCUGGAGCUGGCGAAGAAGCACUACGAGCUGUCUCUGAAGCUGGAUCCAGAAGCCCCAGGCACCAAGGACAACUACAACAUGCUGCGACGCAAACUGGACCAGCUUUACAGGACCACACCACCCUGAGGGACUCGACCACUGACUGCAUGCUCCAACACACACACAUACGCAAAUAACCGUUCAUUCAUUCCAGAUUUGUACCAUUUCCAUUCUAUUUAAGAAAUAAAGACUGUUCUGUGUAACAA